AUGGCAUCUUUCCCAGCGGCUGAGACCUGGACCCAGGGCGCCGGGGGCAUGGGUGAAGAUGCCCAGGGGAACCUGAGCGUCACCAGACUGGGGGUCGCGGCGGCCGCAGGGGCCGUGCGCGCCGAGUGGCUCAAUCUGCUGGUCUACACCGGCAACGUCUCCUCCCCGGGGCUGGCGGCGACCCCCGCGCCCUCCCAGCCCCGGGCCAACCUCACCAACCAGUUCGUGCAGCCGUCCUGGAGGAUCGCGCUCUGGUCCCUGGCGUACGGCGUGGUGGUGGCCGUGGCGGUCUUGGGCAAUGUCAUUGUCAUCUGGAUCAUCCUGGCGCACAAGCGCAUGAGGACGGUCACCAACUACUUCCUCGUGAACCUGGCUUUUUCCGACGCCUCCAUGGCUGCCUUCAACACCUUGGUCAACUUCAUCUACGCGCUUCACAGCGAGUGGUACUUCGGCGCCAACUACUGUCGCUUCCAGAACUUCUUUCCUAUCACGGCCGUGUUCGCCAGCAUCUAUUCCAUGACCGCCAUAGCGGUGGACAGGUAUAUGGCCAUUAUUGACCCCUUGAAACCCAGACUAUCUGCUACAGCCACUAAGAUUGUCAUUGGAAGUAUUUGGAUUCUAGCCUUUCUACUUGCUUUCCCGCAGUGCCUUUAUUCCAAAAUUAAAGUCAUGCCGGGCCGUACCCUUUGCUAUGUGCAGUGGCCAGAAGGUCCCAAACAACAUUUCACGUACCAUAUUAUUGUCAUUAUCCUGGUGUAUUGUUUCCCAUUGCUCAUCAUGGGUGUCACCUACACCAUCGUUGGAAUUACUCUCUGGGGAGGAGAGAUCCCAGGGGACACCUGUGACAAGUACCAUGAGCAGCUGAAAGCGAAACGAAAGGUUGUAAAGAUGAUGAUCAUUGUGGUGGUGACAUUUGCUAUCUGCUGGCUGCCCUAUCAUAUUUACUUCAUUAUUACUGCAGUCUAUCAGCAGUUAAAUAGGUGGAAGUAUAUCCAGCAAGUCUACCUGGCUAGUUUUUGGCUGGCAAUGAGUUCCACCAUGUACAACCCGAUCAUCUACUGCUGUCUGAAUAAGAGAUUCAGAGCUGGAUUUAAAAGAGCGCUUCGCUGGUGUCCUUUCAUCCAAGUGUCCAGCUAUGAUGAGCUGGAACUCAAGACCACCAGGUUUCAUCCAACUCGGCAAAGCAGCCUGUACACCGUGACCCGGAUGGAGUCCAUGACAGUGGUGUUUGACCCCAGUGAUGGAGAAAACAUCAAAUCCAGCCGGAAGAAGAGAGCAAUCCCAGGAGACCCAGGCUUCAAUGGCUGUUCCCGCAGGAAUUCCAAAUCUGCCUCCACCACUUCAAGUUUCAUAAGCUCCCCCCAUACCUCUGUGGAUGAAUAUUCUUAA